UUCGGCUCCCCCAUCCUGCCCCCCACCCCGCGGAGGGUCACCGGGGCACCCCUCGGCUUCGGCCACUUCAAGCUCCAUCCCCACCACCACCUCCUGCUGGUCCCAAUGGACCCUUCCCACCAAAAAACACCCCAGUUUUGUGGGGACCCUCCUGUUCCUGCCGGUUUUGGAUGCUCCAGGCUCUUUCCCUGCGCUUGCUGCCCUUCCCAAUUGGUCUCGGUCUUUGGAGCUUGGUAAAAUGUUUGAGCUGGGAGGGAGGCUGGCAGGGCUUGGUGGCGAGCAGGCUCUCGGGGCAACACGGGUGGCUUUUGCAUUGCUUGGCUGUCACCUUUGUGCUGGGUUUUUGGGGAGGGUGAGUGCCUGUAGACCCUGAGCUCAAGCCGUGAAGCAAACCAUGUGUCUCAGCUUGUUUCUGAGCAGUGUUUGUGGGGAGCUGCAAUGCGGAGUGCCAGGGCUGUGCCCUGCACCGGGGCCGUGCUGGACUCUGCCAGCAGCCAGGAUUUUUGCUCCCAGCCACGGAAACCCUUCAAUCCACAGCCCCUGCUGCCAGGGGCUGUUUUGCUCCACAUGCCCCCUGUAAAUGUUCAGUUUUGGUCAGAUGGGGUUGGAUUUCAGCUGGGAUGGGGGAUCAGCUUUUGGAAUUUUCCAGCUAUUCCCUUUUCCCAGCACCUUUGCUAACCCAAAGAGCCUGAGUCUGGGGGGCAGCUCCCUCCUCUCCGAUGCCAUCCUUGGGAUUCAGCAGCCGGCACUUUAACUGGGGACACGUUUCUCUGGCUGCUGUCAGCCCAUGUCUCCUGCAAACUGGGCACUGUCUACCCAUGAACAUCAUCUGCCCGGGGGCUGCCCCUCCCCAGUCCUGUCCCAGUUCCCUCCCAGCUGCCUCUGACUGCUGCACAGGCUGGUCUGUUGUGGAAACCUUGUUUUGGCAGGAGCAGGGUCAUGCACAAAGGCAAAUGUUGGGGAAGAGCUGAAGGAGGAAGGCUGGAGGUUUCUCAGCAGAGCUAAAAGCAAGCCUUCCUGCCGUGCGGCCGGAGCGGGCGCAGAGCAGCAACUAACGGUGUUUGCACAAGCACUUGUGAUGCUGCAGGCUGCAUGGCCGGGUUCUUUUUCCUAUCGUUUUUGCCAAACAUCUAAUUAAGCUGCUGAAUGCCCAUCUCUGCAGGCUGGCAGCGCUGCUGGGCUAGCACAGCUGCCUGCCCUGGCCCCAGUCUGGUGUUGAGCAAGCGGGGGCUGCUCUCACAAAAUUUGAGUCCUAUGUAAAUACCAGCAGGUAUUAGGAACUGAGUCAUGGUAUUAAUGGGAUUAUUAUAUGCGUGACUGGACAGAUUUCUUGCUGAGGAUGGGAUUUGGUCCCUACACCCUGCCUCACUCGGCUCAUCUGGAGGGCUGGGCAUCCCAUGCUGGUGGGAUGGAUGUGCUGUUUGGGCUCUCAGCUUUUGGGAAAGAAGGUCUUAAGCAUCUCCCAGCUAAUAGCGCUCAGUCCUUGUUGUUUUCCACCAGCUUCCCCACACGAACACAGCAGUGGUCAGAGAGCUGGCUCUGGGUGCAAGGAGCUGAGCCACUUCAUGCUUCAGCCAGGGCUAGGGGCAGGGUGGGAUGGCAGCCUGCUGUGUGCCGGCAGCACCCCCAGGGGAGCGUUUGGGAUGUCUAGUAUUUCCCUGCCCGUGUCCUUCUGAUCCUUAAGCCUUUUCCCAUGAACUCCCACAGCUUCCCCCCGGCAUUCAAUCAGCCCCCUCUAUACCUGCUUGGGUUUGGGGCUGAGAGAGCUUCACCUUGCGUUUGCACUGAUGUGUGUUACAGCCAGGAGGGCUGUCCUGGCCCCAGGCUGAGCUCUGCCAUGUCCCCGCUCCCUGGGGACUGUGUCUGUGCCAGUCUGCGCUGCACAGGCUGCUUCCCAGCAGCUCCGGGAACAGCCAACCUUUUGGGGACCUUCUGGCACUGUGUGAGCAGUGCAAAGCGUGCAAGAUGAAGAGAAGCAAAGGUGUGACCCCAGGGUGGUGUGGGGACAACCUGGGGCUCCCUGGCAUCCCUGGUAGCAGUGGGCCCCUAGGCCUCCUGCCAAACGCUGUCUCUGUGCCUGUUUGCAGGAAUCUCAUCCAACUGGUUUUGCUCUGGGCACGGCCAAAGCCUGCAAAUGGUCAACAAUUAGUACUCGGGGCUAAUUGCUGCACAGCAGUAGCUCGUCCAGCAAUUAGCGCUGGGCUGGCCCCAGCUCCUUCCCACAAGGAGCCGGCUGCCAGCACAUGGAGUAGCAGUCAGCUUGUCCCCGAGGCGGGGGUGAAGGCUUUGCUUGGCAUGUCCUGGCACUUCGGAGGGGCCGGGGAAGGAGCAGGGUGAAGCGAGGAGACGCCUGGGAGCGUUUCCCUGUGACUCCCCACGCAGCAUCCCCGGCCGCCCUUUUGCUCGCUAUGUGCCAGCGGGCGGCCGCCUGCGUCAGCCUCAUGGCAGGGGAAGUAAAACCUUCGCUGGAGCGUGACAUUUUGCAGAAGAUGAUGUGAAUGGGCUGUAAGAACCAGACGAGAUGGAUGGAGAGCUGCCCUCUGCUGAGGUGGAUGGGGAGGUGUCCUCUGCUGCGGAGGGAGGAGAGGUGCCCAGUGCGGAGAGCGAUACCGAAGGAGAGGUGCCCUGUGCGGAGAGCAGUGCAGGAGGAGAGAUGCCUGGGGCUGAGACCAACACAAAAGAAGAGGCACCUUGUGCUGAGAGCAGUGUGGAAGGAGAGAUGCCCGGGGCUGACAGUGACAGAGAAGGGGAAAUGCCCUGUGCUGAGAGUGAUGCAAAAGGAGAGGCAUCUUGCUAUGAAACCGAUGGGGAAGAAGUACUGGAAGCUGAAAUCCCUGCUGCUUCAAAGAAAAUGUCUUCUAUUUCUUCUCCCUUGCGGGCAAUCAUCCGCUUGCGACGACGAUACCGGCUGCAAAAGAAAAGCCGCCUGCAUUUAGAGCUCUCUCGAGAAAAGUCUUCAGAGCUUGUCCAUACAAGGCUGCUUCAAAGGCAGCUUUCCUUGAACCGAACUAGCCUGUACGGCCCUUCCAUGUCCUUCUUUAAUGAGGCAGGCUUAGAAACUUCCCGGUACUUUACCUUUGACACAUCUGUGGAGCAGUAUGCAAUGAAAAAAUGCAGGCAGAAAAAGAACCGCAGAAAAUCUAGGAUAGUCCUGUAUCCAGAUAAAACAAAAAGAUACCUUCCAACAGAGGAGAAAAGCAAGGCAAAACGCUGCCUCCUCUUACUCAUUGUCAUUAUCUUCUUCCAGAUUCUCAAUGCAAUAGAGAACCUGGAUGAUAACCUCCAAAAAUAUGACCUAGAUGGUUUGGAAAAAACAAUGCACCGGGAAGUAUUUGGGCAGAAGGUUGCUGUGGAAAGUAUUAUGGAAUUACUGAAAGACUAUCUGGCUACCCAUAUACACAACAAGCCUCUAGUAAUCUCUUUAAAUGGCCCGACAGGAGUUGGAAAGAGUCAUGUUGGCUGGCUGCUGGCCAAACACUUUCGGUCUGUCAUGGACAAUGACUUUGUGCUUCAGUACUUUGUUAUGCACCACUGCCCCAGUGGGGUGGCUCCUCUUACUUGUGAAAUAGAUUUGUCUCGGAAGAUUUCUGACAUGGUUACAAGAGCAGAAAUAGAAGAGAAGAUACCAUUGUUUAUUCUGGAUGAGGUUGAACUCAUGUCUCCGGUCCUGCUGGAUACUCUCAGCCGAUUCUUUGAACCCAAUCAAACUAAUGAGUUCCUCAAUGCCAUCUACAUUUUAAUAAGCAACAUAGGAGGUGGUGAAAUAGCUAAGUUUGUUAUCCAGAAUGCAUCUGCUGAGCUUCUGCAUCAGCAAAGGGGAGCUGAAGAACUGCUCAGCAUCAUCCAGCCUGUACUGAUUGAUGCCCACCCUCUCUGGAAGUCUGCAGACAUCAUCCCGUUUGUUCUUCUGGAGAAAACUCACGUCAUAAACUGCUUCCUAGAGGAAAUGAGGAGGGAAGGGCUGUAUCCCGACCAGAAGCACAUCGAAAAUUUAGCGAGUCAGCUCAGUUACUACACUACAGGGGACAAGGAGUAUUCCAGCAUGGGCUGCAAGCAGGUUGUGGCCAAAGUCAACCUGCUGUAGUGAUUCACUGCAGAGACCGAGUCCUGCUCUUAGGAUUUGCAAAAUUCUGGGUUUAUGGAGGAGUAGGUGACAGCAGGCUGUGGUCCCAGCGUCCUUUCUCAGCCCUGCACUGACUCUGCUGGGGUCAAGGUAGAGGGAUGGCAGCCUGCGCUCCUCUGCAACGUGGUCUCUGGUCUCCUCCAGAUGCUUCACUUGUUCCUCAUGUUGCAUGAAUAAGGCAGGGGCAACGAAGCCCAAGCAGUCUCCCAUUAAUUGUGAGAUGCUUUGUUUGUUCCUCUCACGCUCACUUGGGAUACUUGUCAUUGAGGAGCUGUGAGAUGAGAACAGACGCUGUGGGAUAUAAACAGGAGGGGGAAAUAGUGACUGGGUUACUGUCCCUGCAGUACACGUAGCUGUGUCUCACUCCUCCUCCAGGCUCACAGCCUUCAGGUCUUUGCUUUGCUUGGUCCUGGCUGGUGGUACAUGGAGCAGAGACAGUGCUGUACGCCUGGGAGAACUGGGGGAAUUUGUGGCUCCUGACCCCCCAAACACCCAGGCAGUCAGAGCUCCGCUUUCCCCAGCUCCUGUGUGGCCGCGUGCUCCAGACUGCUUUUUGGACCUGUUCCCGAGCUGUUGCUCUUCUGAGCUCAUACCUGAGCUCACCUUUGGCACCUCCAGUGACAUUUCUGCCCCGCAAGUCUGUUUGGGCUCGUCUUGAAGACUGUUCAGCUGUGCCAGCCAGUGCAGAAAUAACAGACGGAUUGUUUCAGGUCUGGUGGUGGCAGCUCUUCCUGAGAGCUCUUCUGCUUUGUGCUUCUGGGUACAGUUCACCACACUCCUUAUCUAGAAAGCCCAAAAUAGCAACUGACAGAUAUUAAGCAGCACACACUGGAAAAGACAGUUUGGGCUGUCUGGGCCGAGUGCAGUGGGAAUCCUGGGCUUGUUCCCAGUCCUGCGAGGCCAAGAAGAGGUUCUUUGCCCCCGAGACCCUGGGGAGAGCGUGCUGCCUGGAAGCACCUGAGGGAAAGCACAUGUCCUUGUUUGAGCAGGCAAACGGGGCAGGUAUUUAUGACGUUGCUUUUUCAGGUUUUGGUUUUGUACCUAAAUCUCCUUCUACAAUUUGUUGUGAAUUAUCAUAUACGUAAUCCUAUGGAUGUUUGCACUGGCUGUUUGACUUGCCUCUUUCUAAUUGUUGGUCUCCAAAGACUUCCAUCACAAACUCCUGCUUCCAGAACUAUUGUCAGGAAUAAAUCCAAACUAUCCUGAAUAAAAUCCUUCUAAGUACA